AUGGUAACAAUUACAACAAGCCCAAAGGGCUACGUCAAUGAUAUCCUUGCCCUCGAAUUCAUCGACCACUUCGAGCGUCACACCCGGCCCCAAGUCCCCGAAGAGGAGCGCCUUGUCUUAAUGGACGGCUGCGAGAACCACUUUACAUACGAAUUGCUGUUCCCGUUACCGCCUCAUGUGACUCACCUACUCCAGCCGCUUGACGUUGGGGUCUUUGGUCCCUACAAGCACUGGCAUCAACAAGUGCUAUAUCGUGAGAUUGCAAACGGAGCUACUAACUUCAACAAGACCGACUUCCUUUUCCAUCUUCAAGAGAUGCGUAACCGAACCUUUAAGCGGCCUACGAUCCUAUCAGCCUGGGAGAAAUCUGGUCUCUUUCCAUUCAACCCAAGCGUCGUCCUCGACCAGUUGCAAGAUGCGUUAUCCUCAUUAACCGACUCUGUCCGCGAACGAGAACUCCUGGGUUCGUUGAGGAAGGCACGCCAAUAG